GUCGUGUGUGCAACUUGCGCAAGUGUGCAGUCUGGAGGUUUCCGCGUGCGGUUCCUAGUAAUGAAUGAGCGCGAGCGCGGAUGCACGUCGCCCCCCCGCCCCCCGGCGCUCGCUCCCACGCUCACUCAAUGGAGUGAAAAAAUCUCCUGCCGGCUCAGCUGCGCUGCUCUCGGCACUCGGCACUCGAGCAGCACCCCGACAAAAGAUGGCACCAGGAGUGAAGGCGCUCUGGGGGCUCAAGAAUGUGAUGGUUCUCCUCAGCGCCCCGGUCCUCCUUCUCCCGCUGCUCCUUCUCAUUGGAACCAAGGAAUCAUGCUGCGCGUACGUGAUUGCUCUAAUGGCAGUGUACUGGUGCACCGAGGCAUUGCCGCUGGCUGUCACUGCACUACUCCCCACCCUGCUUUUCCCUGUGCUGGGCAUCAUGAAGUCAAAAGAGGUGUGCAUGCAGUACCUGAAGGACACCAACAUGCUCUUUGUGGGGGGGCUGAUUGUGGCCGUGGCCGUGGAGCACUGGAACCUGCAUAAGCGCAUCGCUCUGCGGGUGCUGCUCAUCAUGGGGGUCCGGCCGGCGCUCCUGAUGCUGGGCUUCAUGGCUGUUACGGCCUUCCUGUCCAUGUGGAUCAGCAACACGGCCACCACGGCUAUGAUGGUGCCCAUCGUGCAGGCUGUGCUGGACCAGAUGAACAAUAGAGAGGCCGAGGCACUGCAGAUGCUCAGCGGAGGAGAGGAAGUUACACCCCUAGAAGGAGACAAGCAAGAUGGAAAGGUUGGAGAAGAACAAGUGACUGUAAGUGGGCUGGGUGUGUCACCUGAGGAGGCUGCGGACAGGACGAGGAUGUGCAAGGGCUUCACUUUGUGUGUGUGCUACGCGGCCAGCAUUGGGGGCACUGCAACCCUCACUGGCACUGGCCCCAACCUGGUGCUCAAGGGCCAGAUGAACCAGCUGUUCCCCCAAAACGGCGAUGUGAUCAACUUUGCAUCGUGGUUCGGCUUUGCCUUUCCCAACAUGGUCCUCAUGUUGGCUCUGGCCUGGUUUUGGCUGCAGCUGAUCUUCAUGGGGUUCAACUUCAGAAGGACCUGGCGCUGUGGGGUGCUGACAUCAGCGAAGGAGGCGGUAGCCUACAGGGUGAUUCGAGAAGAGCAUCGCAGGCUGGGCCCCAUGUGCUUCGGGGAGCUGAGUGUGCUGCUGCUCUUCAGUCUGCUUGUGCUGCUGUGGUUCACCCGAGAUCCAGGCUUCAUGGCUGGCUGGGCCACGCACCUCUUCAACGCAGAAGCAGAGUAUGUGACAGAUGCUACUGUGGCCAUUUUUGUCGCCGUACUCCUCUUCAUCUUUCCAUCCAAGGUGCCACAGCUUUGCUUCUGGAAGUCCCACAGCACUGGUGAGGCACGCCAUCAUACAGCCACUGCUCUGAGCCCCUUUCCCUGUCCAGCACUGCUUACCUGGAAGGUGGUUCAGAAGAAGCUGCCCUGGAACAUUGUACUGCUGCUUGGGGGAGGGUUUGCUCUGGCCAGGGGGAGCGAGGUUUCAGGCCUAUCCCUAUGGCUGGGGAACCAGAUGAGCCCCCUGCACAGCAUCCCUCCCUGGGCCAUUGCCACUGUGCUCUGCCUCCUGGUAGCCACCUUCACUGAGUGCACCAGUAAUGUGGCUACAGCUACACUCUUUCUUCCCGUCCUGGCUUCCAUGUCCCAGUCCAUAGGAGUGAACCCAUUGUAUGUCAUGCUGCCCUGUACUCUCAGUGCCUCCUUUGCCUUCAUGCUGCCCGUAGCCACUCCACCCAAUGCCAUUGUGUUCUCCUAUGGCUACCUCCAGGUGUCGGACAUGGCCAAAGUUGGUGUGGUCAUGAACAUCAUUGGUCUGCUUUGCGUCACACUGGCCAUCAACACCUGGGGCAGGGCCAUGUUUCACCUGGACACUUUCCCAACCUGGGCCAAUGCCACGGGGAUGUGAUAGAAGACUCCAAGCCUUCUUGAGAUUCCUUUCCGAGAGGCAGCCUGGAGACCCAAGGCUGUUCUGCAGAGGGCUGUUGAACUGUGCUGAACUGUACACAGUACUGUGAACACCUGAGAUGUGUCACAUAAGUGUGAGGAGGAAAGGGUUCAAAACCAAAAUGAGAACACGCUACCUUAUUGUGCAUUCAAAUGCAAAACGCUGUGCAGCGAAGCUCAGCAAUAUUA